GUAAUUUGAAAACUUCAUAAACAGAAAAUGGAUUACGAAGAUAUGAAUGUGAGUAUUUACGGUGAGAACCUCAGUGAUCCCAAUGGCCGAAACUCGAGUGGAUACUUGGACUAUGACAGAGAGGAGUCUUUUAGCAUGUACUUUCUGGAAGAGCUGGUACCAGUUGCCCUCAUCUACGGAAUCACACUAGUUGUUGGUCUCAUCGGAAAUCUGCUCAUCAUUUACACCGUGAUCAGUUUCAGAAGGAUGAGAACCAUCAGCAAUGUGUUUCUUGCAUCUCUAGCUACGGCGGAUCUCUUAGUAGUCCUGAUUUGCGUCCCAGUGAAGUUUGGUCAACUGUUUUCUUAUUCUUGGACCCUUGGUGAGUUCUGUUGCAAGUUCGUCCAUUAUGUCCAGAAUGUGUCAGCCAUUUGCUCUGUGCUUACCCUUACGUCCAUGAGCGUUGAAAGGUAUUACGCUAUCAUGCAUCCCGUGAAAUCUCGCUAUCAGUGCACCAUGAGCCAAGCAAGACGUGUAAUCCUCGUCAUUUGGUGUCUGUCCUUCGUCACUGCUAUUCCAAUCAUCUUUGCGCAGAUCCAUUUGGAAGUGGGUGAACGUUACCGUGCGUACUGGUGUGUCCGCAACUGGUUCCAACCAUGGCUGUGGCGCUCUUACGAAGUCUACAUGCUGCUGCUCAUCCUUAUAGCCCCUUCGGUGAUCAUGGGAUUCGCCUACACCAACAUCUGCCACCAGCUGUGGGUUGUGGUCAAGGACAGGGCAAAUAUGAGUUGCGGAGAAAUGCCAGGCACUGAAAUCCCUCUGAGAGAAACGCACCCACGGAACCAAUAUUCAACUAACAGCAAAUCCCCUCUGAAUCCAAAAACCAAGCCUGUUCUUGUGAAACUGGAAAGUGACAAUGCUACUGUAAAACAGGUAAUCAAGAUGCUUGUGGCUGUGGUUGUUCUCUUCAUCUUAUGCUGGGCUCCCAUCCUGAUUACUAACCUACUGACAUCUUUCGACGUUCUGGAUCGCUUGAAUUACGGCUACCUGAAGCCCAUGCGCACGGCUUUCCACCUCAUGUCCUACUUCAACAGCUGCAUCAACCCGUGCAUCUACGGAUUCCUCAGCGCCAAUUUCAGAAACAGCUUCAAGGCAGCGCUCGUCACCUGCCUUUGCGGAAAGCGGCAGAAGAUCAGAGAACGAGGCCUCAGCCGCACCGGAACAACAUCCCUCAGCUACGCCAAAUCCACUUUCGUCACCUGAUGGCUCAAGGGCUUGGUCGUCACCAAACACGUGGCCAGAAUAGCCACUGCUAUGUGACCCUGCCCCAUUUGCAUUCGGAUGUAUCAAUAACCAACCCUCCGUAUCGUCGUCCUCUUAAUGAUUUCGUCUGUCCCAGAAUAAACAGUUUGUGUGUUCCACUAGGUGAAUUCGAACACCUUGAAUUAUUCCUAAUGAAACAUGCAAAAGCUUCGAAAUUGGAAUCCGACCCUUUAAUAAAUGGUUUCGAUAAUGGCGAGCUUAACUCUUUAAGAAUUCAAGAGCCGCAGACUUUCUGAAUGAAAUGCGUUCCAAAUGAGAUGCUUCUAAUGAAUUCAGAAAUAUAAAUGUUUCUAAUCUUCAAUUAACUCCGUAAUAACUUACUUGGUGAUUAGGAAGCAAUUAUAUUUAUCCGAUGAAUUAUUUUGAUGCACGGAAAGAACAUUUUGCUCUCCACAGAAUUGCUUAUUUUGUCCCCGAAUUAUAAUAUGUGGUAAAUAGUAAUCUUAAACAGAUUACUUAAAUGGAUUUCUCAAGUAUGCUUCAAAAUACGUUUACACUAGUUGGGAUUUUGAAAACUUAUUUUAGAAUGCCAACAACUUUAGUGAAAAAGAACAUAUCACAGUCUGAUUGAUUUCCCUGAAUGACAUUUUUAGGCUGUAAAUGAGUAGACAAUUAUUAUAUGUAGACCACGAACGAAUAAAGGAAAUCUGAUAUUUAAAAAAAAUCAGAUCAUCAUUUGAAUGAACACUAAUUUCAAUGAUGCAAUUAAAUUCAUUCAUAAUUAUUUUUUGAUCACGUUGGUUACAACAAGAACCAAAAUAUAAUGACA